GGAAACAACUGCGCAGCGGGGAAUGAGAUUAAUGCACAGGUACAGAGCUGGCCGACCACAGUUGGAUGCAUGAGUUUCAAAAUUAAAUUGUUUGAACUUGUAGAUUAGAUUAUUCGUUGCCAGGUGGGAAUAGAUCUGCAGUAAGAGCGAGGGGGGGGGGGAAAGGAAGACAAGAUGUGCUGCGUCCGUGGCGCCACUGGUGCGCUAUCCGGGGACAGAGUGAGCGACUGCGACGCGCUGACACCCCGCUUUUAGAUGGCUCCAACAUUUGGGGUGCAAAACAGGUGUCAGGGAAGUGUCGUCACGAACCCCGGAAGCCGGAGGAGGUGGGAACAUCAGAGGGAAAGAUGGCAGCGAAAUCCGAUGGUCGCGGGGUCGUCACCGGUUUCGCCCAGCUGCACAACCUGGACGAGGUGGUGGGGACGGGAGAGGACGACAAUCGGAACAGCAGCUCAUUCCACAUCUGCCACUGCUGCAACACCUCGUCGUGCUACUGGGGCUGCCGGAGCGCCUGCCUGCAUUACCUCCGGAGGAAGGGGAAGGGGAAGGAGAGAGAUGCGGCGCGGCCACCGCAGGAGGAGCGCCUCUGGCUGGACUGCCUGUGGAUCAUCCUGGCACUGCUGGUCUUUUUCUGGGACGUGGGGACCGAUUUGUGGCUUGCCAUCGACUAUUACCACAAGCAGGACUUCCUGUGGUCAGGCCUGACCCUGUUCUUCGUGCUGGUGCCCUCGGUUCUGGUCCAGAUCCUGAGCUUCAGGUGGUUUGUGCAGGAUUACACUGGGGGCGGACUGGGCUCCGUGGAGGGGCUGAGUAGCCAUAGAGCUACAGCCAGUCUGCAAAGAGACAGGUGCUGCCGCCUCUCUGUCUGGGUCUGGCAGACCAUCAUUCACAUCUUUCAGUUGGGACAAGUGUGGAGGUACAUCCGUACCAUGUACCUUGGUAUACAAAGCCACCGGCAGAAGGAGAACCAGCGGCGCUUUUACUGGGCUAUGAUGUACGAGUAUGCCGAUGUCAACAUGCUGCGACUGCUAGAGACCUUCUUAGAAAGCGCCCCUCAGCUGGUGCUGCAGCUCUGCAUCAUGAUCCAGAGCAACAAGGCUGAGUGGUUGCAGUGUGUUUCUGCCAUGUCCUCCCUCCUGUCCCUGGCCUGGGUGCUAGCCUCUUACCACAAACUCCUGCGUGACUCGCGUGACGACAAGAAGAGCAUGAGUUACCGAGGUGCCCUGGUGCACCUGUUCUGGCGCCUUUUUACCAUCUCCUCACGGGUGCUCUCCCUCGCUCUAUUUGCCUCUGUUUUCCACAUCUACUUUGGCAUUUUUGUGGUGCUCCAUUGGUGCGCCAUGGCUUUCUGGGUCAUCCAUGGCGGCACCGACUUCUGCAUGUCCAAGUGGGAGGAGGUACUGUUCAACAUGGUGGUGGGCGUGGUCUAUGUCUUCUGUUGGUUCAAUGUGCGUGAGGGCCGGACGCGGUACAGAAUGGUGGCCUAUUACACACUAGUACUGUUCGAGAACGCCAUCCUCAGCCUCCUUUGGUAUGCGUAUCGUGACCCAGCCACCACUGACGCCUAUGCCUCUUUUGCCCUCUGUGGCGUCUUCCUGUGCUUUGCCUCAGGUGUGGCCUGUAUGGUUCUCUAUUACGGGGUUCUACACCCCAUGGGCCCCCGGCUGAGGGUGCUGGCCAGCUCUUGCUGUGCUGAGCUGCUGUGGGGCCUUCCAUUACCCCCUGAGGCCGAGCCCAUGGCUCCCACACCAGGCCCCCGUGGCUCUCAGGCCACCCCCACACGGGGUCUGGCAGGGGAGCACAUGGAGUCAGAUGAAACAGCCACGGACACCUGCCUUCCGGUUUUCCAGGUGAGGUCCACAGAACCUGUGGAUGCAGCUGGCAGGCCCAUCCAACCAGAGGGUCCUCUCAUCAAGAUAGACAUGCCCAGAAAACGCUACCCAGCCUGGGAUGCACACUUUGUGGAUCGGCGCCUGCGCAGGACCAUAAAUGUGCUGCAGUACAUUAGCCCUAAUGCGGUGGGCAUCAGGUAUAGGGACGGUCCGCUUCUUUAUGAACUCCUGCAGUACGAAUCCUCCCUCUGAAGGCAUCUUCUCCCUCAGCUCUGUCACCUCCUCUUACACACCACGAUGCACAUGCGUUUCCUUUCUCUCACCCUGCUCUUCCUCCUCUCCAGAUAUUAUCUCUUUCCAUGUGACACUCGACUCUCUCCCUCUCUCCACUCCGAUCAUUCAACUUUCCUGCAGGAGAUGUGUGUUAGCCAACCGAAAAUCUGUCAAGACAGUCUAAACACACAGUCAUGAUUUAUUUUUGGAAAAAGAGAGAAAAAUUAUGAACCUACAGUAUCUGAUGUGAUAUAUACAUAAAUCUCAUAUAAAUCCCUCUACGUUGAUGGAGGAGGGUUCUGUAUGAGUGUGUAGAUAACAUAUGAAUGUUUCAUUAUGAAAUGUGUUUAAUGCAUUAUACUGUAUUGGUGAUUCAACCUGUGAAUACUUGUGAAGGGCAUAUUGUAUGUCCCUGUGACAUGGGACUGGCGCAAAGCCUGAUGGGAAUGAUGGAGGAGAGUCUCAGAGGGGGCAGGUCUUUGCACAUCCCAACAUUUACUGCCAUUCUUUAUGUAAAUUAUUGAAAUGUAUGAUGAUGUUUACCGAGUCGUUAGAUUAAAAAAGCACUGAAAUCUUUAUCAUGAUACUGUAAAUUACAGAAAGGGCACAAUCACAGACGUGUCGAACAGAAGCACUUCAAAAUGGAUUUUCCCUCUGUGAGCGUAUGUGGCUCAAGUGUAUCCUGGCUGUACUAUUUUUGUUCAAAAUCCUAAAUCGUAAUCGCAUCAUGUAUGGAAGAAAAAAAGAAGCACACUGACCUUCAAUCAGUUCCACCCACAUAUUCAGUUUUUACAGUGCAGACUGCCCUCCGAUGGAGGCAAGCUGUAACAGCAUGCCUUACUUGGUCGCUCUUGCCCACAGUUGAGACAGCACACUAUAUUGAGACAACCACCAAACACAAUGAAAGGAAUGUAGAAUGUAGUAGAAAUGAGCACAAUGUUUUCUAAAUUGGUGGGUUGAAAAUCAUAAUAAAAAACAUUCCAAAGACUUUUUUUAAAGAUUGUAAGUGUCUAAGGGUAGAAGGGUACAAAUGUGUGUUAACGCACAUUCUUGUUUGAAGUGCAAAGACAGCCUUCAAAGAAUCCUCCACCAUUCCCUUCUGAAUCCUAGAAAGUACUUAUACAACCUCCCUUUUUUGUUUUCUUAUCGACAAAUAUUUUAGGUUGAUUAAUAUAUGCUUAUCGGGUGCAAAGACUUGUAAUAAGUUCUUGAAAAAAAAAGUCAAAUCUGAGAAGAUAUUUCUAUGCUAUUAUACUUCAGUGCGUAUUUGUGUCCACAUUUAUAGUCAUUGACAUAACUAUAUUUUGCCAGAACACACAGUUUUUUACAUGACGACAAAAUGUUGUGCGGUGCAGUGUGAAAAAGGUAUACUCCUCAACAUCAGUGUGCCCUCAAAGAGGUUAUACUCUUAUACGGGUGCACGGGGCAACUGUUCUGGCACCCGCUAGCGCAGUUGAAACAAAGCCAAAUCGCAUCUUUAAGUACUGUCUGUACAAUUUAUCUGCCCCCCUUGAACCAGUAGAAUGAGUCGUUGCAAAACGUGUGCCAUCUCUAGGCCUGCUGAGCAGCAGUUACACACUAAUGUACACUUCCCAGCUGAACCUGCGGGAGCUCUCCGCUACGGAUACCCACGGGACGACCACUGUAUUCACUCAUGAUAAAAAUAAUAGUGAUUAAUGAAAAAGAAAAAGAAGAGAAAAAAAUAUGCCUUCUAAGUCAAAGGAGUUUGACUUAAAUUUCCAGAGAGGGCUACUGAACAAUUCAUGAGAAAACUGAAUGCAUUUCAUACUCCAACUUUAUCUAUUUACUCAAUGAUUCAUCCGAAUAUAUAAUGUGUGUUUUUUACAUUGCAGUGUUUGGCAUGACUUUAGUAUGAGGCAUUAGUACAAAUGCACCCAGCAAGGGAUGCCCAAGAGCCCUCACAAAACAGAGAUUCCUUUCUCCUGGCUCACUGGCGUCCUGCUUAGCUGUGGCCACGUGUGCCUGCUAACACCGUACUGUAAAAAGCGGAUGCCAAGUAAGUCCAGGCCAAAGGUGAGAGGGGGGUUUUGCCAGGGUUGGAAAAGAACACGAGGACAGAUUGUGACAAAGGGCCUGACCGGAGUACCGUGUGUAAUUCCUUGUGUGCUUGAGUGAGAAAGAUGAGUGUGUACCUCUCAGCACAUACUGUGCAACCUGCAGUAUGUAUUAGGGGAUCUGAGUGUGCUUGCAUGGUGGCGUGUGCGCAUGCUCGUCCUGCGUGUCCCCUCAGCCCCUUUCCCACAGCUCUGUCCUCUUGCCGAUUGUUCGGCUCCAUCCUCGGUUGCUGCUCCGCCCUCUUCCCCGUCUCUUUGGUGCUGGGCCUUGGCGCACUCCCCGUGGAAACACUCUCACACUCUCUGGUAACUGAACAACGGGGUUGAGGCUGAACAACUGGAGAUCCUGACAUGAGAACAUGCAAUGAGGUACACUGCCAUGACCAAGAGCUUCAACAUCCGGGGUCUGCCACCCUUCGGCUUACAAAAGCGAUGUUCAGCCCUAAGUAAUUGAGAACUGUUGGGUCAGCUAAGGUGGAGCAAACAUCCGACACACCAUAUGUAUAGAUAUACAUGAGUAUGCAAACAACCAACUUGUUCAUUGUUUACCAUAGUAGCCAGAGUAGUUCCUCUCUGUUGUAGUGAAUGAACAGCCAUGUUAAUAGUUAGUCGAUUAAUAAAUAAUGAAUAAGUAUUGUAAACUUUGGAAAAAAAAAACUAAGCAAAACAGCCAAUACAGGGGUUCCUCAGGACCAACAACCAAGACCACUGAACCAGCUGACUCAGGGGUGUCUCAAUGCAGUUCUCAUCCCCAGGCAUGUCCUCAAGGGUCUCCAUUUUUUCCUUAACAUAAUGCAUCCUGGACCACUCCUCGGCUGGGAUUGUACCACUAAAUUAUGGUUUGCACAUUUUUUUUGUUUUCUUGGGAAUGCUCAUUCUUAUUAUUGGGGUUGGGGGGGGGGGGGUUGGGGCCGUUUUUUGUGGUAGUUGGCUGCCUGGCGUAUGGUGCAUCCUUUCUAAACACUGCUGACCUUUUUCCAGACGUGGACACAUGUCCAAAUCAGGUGCAAAUACACUGUGAUUCAUUCAUUUGAGCGUGUGCGUGUGAGUGUGUGUGAGUGUGUGUGUGUGUGUGUGUGUGUGUGUGUGUGUGUGUGUGUGUGUGUGUGUGUGGGACGACUGUAUUAUAUAGCAUCAUAAACACGAUUAUGUAUAACUGGGCUGCAUUUCAUCUAGUGGUGCUUAAUGUCGUAAAACGCAGAGUAUUUAUGCUUGCUUAACUGUGUCAUUAGAAUAGUGGUAAUGACGGUUAAUUAAUUUUAAUUAAGUCUACAAAGAGUCUAUAUGUACAAGUCUGGAUUUUUAUGAAACAUGCCGUAUAUUUUACGUAUUUCUACAGAACAAUCAUAGAUUUUGCCACAUUCUCUAUCUAGUUAAAAGGGUUAGCUAGGAGCUGGUUAACGAGUGGGUUUUAGUUUAGUGUUUUUCUUGUUUUUUUUAAAGUUACACACGGGUUUCAAGAGCUAAGCUACACAGGAGUGCAAGUGGAAGCUAUACAGUGUAGUAUUCAGGCUGCCACACUAUAGCAUAAACAAGGUCACAAAGAAAUCCCCUACAGAGAAUUGUUUCUGUCAGGUUACCCGCCAGACUCCACAUCCCUCGACAGCCGCAACACACAGCAAGAGCGUUUGAACAGCAAGCUUGUUCUUCUCAGUCCUUGUUGUGCCUUGUUACUUUGGGUGCUUCAAUCCAGCCAUGGCAGCCAGGUCCGCAAACAACAAUGCCAAUGUCUUUCUUUACUCGUUUCAUGUGCCAGCACGCUCACUCAAGACGACGACAAACACCAAACAAUAUUCUCCCUGUCUGUCUCCCCGAAACCUGAUCAAGCCAAGUUCUCAAUUCUGUCAGCUCACACCUCAGUCGACGACGCCAUUUAAGUCUUUCAUCCCAGUUGUCAUCCACAGAACUGCACUGUUUCCUAGUUACAGUGCUCCAACUAAACUUCACAGUGCGACAGAAUCAAGCAGUGGGCGCAGUGUGAAACCCACUUAUUGCUUCUGUCAAAGACAUCGGAGAAAAAGUAAGGCAAUACUGAACAUCUUCUGUACUUGAACAUAGGGUUUCCUCAUCUUUAUUAGCGAGCUGAAUCUACGACAGCCCCGGGUUGAUUCGGCGACGUACAAUUAGCAGUUUGGACUGAGCUCAAAAGCAUUAGAUUUGGACUGUUUGAUGGAUAGUCUUAACAGAUGCCAGCCACAAUACCGAGCGAUUUUGGUCAACGAUUGUUUUGUACUUUUGUCUAUGCCUUUACAUCUUCUUCUGUCUUGCAAUGAUGAAUGAUUUGUAGUGCCAAGACGUAAACUUUCUGUGUCGUUUGUCUCGUGUGAAAAAUUAACAUCCUCUAGCCAAAACAAUAAUGCCUGCAGUUGGAAUAAAAACACGGAAGAAGCCGAUGAUGACAACAUGCGCAAAAAAGAAAAAAAAAAAACGAUUACGUUGCAUUUUCUUACAAUGGAAUGAUGAAACAGGCCCGAUCACUGAUUCACUUUUGAAUAACCUCAUUUUCUGGUUUUCCCACCACCUCCCAGCAUGCCUUUAGAAGUCAUUGUGAGGUGACCCUCGACAUUUAGCAUGGACGUGCUCUCGACUGCACAACAAACCCUCUGAUUUCUGCAUUAAUGUGUAGCAGCAGGUCAUUGUAGUGUUUGACUUGGUUUCAGUCUGUACCUUUGUGUCAUGACCAUCUGUUUGACCAUUGGAGCAGUACAGAAGAUAAAACGGUGCAUUUUCUUUUUUUUAAACGUUUAAACCUUCUUUGAUUUCUGUUAAUAACCUGGUGCUGAAUAAAUACAUUUAAAAGGUGCUACCACUGUGGACUGCAGUCCACCUUUUUAGCUUUCUGAUAGCAUAGCCUUCCGGUUGACUGACAAACUCGCAGUCUCAAAAAUGCUCGAGAGCUCGCACCUCAAAUCCACACAGUUUACAGCAGAACUCAACUCUCAAUGGUGCCAUUUUGAUUUUCCAACCUGCACAAAAAACAACUCUGUUCCUCUGUUCAUAUAAUGUUUAAUAUACUGGUUUCAGCAUACAGUAUGUUUUUUGUUUUACUAUGAUUCAAUCUGCACUAGGACUUUUCUUUCUUUCUUUUCUCUGAGAGAAUUAAACUGGCAGAUGAUAAAAUGCAUCUUCUUGGCAAACGCACAGGAGCACAAAUGUACUUCUGCUACUGGAAUUUGGGUUAAAAAAAUAUAUAGAACGUGAUUGCUGUGUUGUAAAUUCCUGUCAUCUAUAUGUCCUUAAUCUGUGUGUAUCUAUUUUUGUUGUUAUUGUAGAAUUGGCUGUAAUAUUUUGUUUAAAAAUGGAUUUGAUAUUCCAAUGAAGCGACUAUGGUUGUCAUAUUAAUUGCUGCUGAUUUUUGAAAUUGUUAUCAAAGGUGUUGGGAAAUAUUGCUUUGUUUAUAUUCAAUCAAUUUCUAGAUUGUGUUAGCUUGUUGGUGUAUUUCACAAAUCUAUCAGGAUACUCCCUAGACUAUAUGAUUUACGCGGGGUAUUCAAAGAGUUGGCACAAUGUCAGUGAGCAAAAUUCGCUACAGUCUGUAGCAUCUUUACGAACGUGUACUCAUACAACCCAUGUUGUGAUCGAGAACAUAUAAGGAAUGGUUUCUUUGUUGUUGUUAAAUAUAAAAUGUAAGUAAAUUGUUUCAUGGAAUCCCCGUUCUUUAAAAAAGCAAAACUGAUGUCCUAUUUUUGGGAACAAUAUGAAUAUUAUUAAUAACAUAUGGUGCUAAAGUUCUUUUUGUAUGUUUUGGUUUUUAGAUGAAAAGAGAAAUAUUAUGCUGAAAAUGUAAUGUUAAGCCUUACUGUAGAUUCAUAUAUCAGACUGUUCAUCCCAGAAGAGAAAAAUAAAUAUAGUAUUUGAAAGUGCAAUAUAUCGGUACUGUAUUCACAUGCACGUCUCACAU